GGGAAAACUAAACUGAGACUCUGUAUGAGUUCUCUCUUUUCUCCUGCAACCUGCACCAUGCAAAUCAUCGAAUCCUGUCGAACCAUGAGACUGUACAUCAUCUUCUUACUGGCAGUGGUGAAUACAAGAACUGCAGAAGGGACAUCCUGUGAAAUGGCAAACUCACAGGCAUUUUGCCACAACAAAGACCUCCACCAAAUCCCUCAUGAGCUCCAUCUAAAUGUAAACAAAAUAGAUCUGUCUGGAAAUCUGAUUCAAAGCAUCCCUGAAAUGCCAUUAUCAUUUUACACUUCCCUCCAGUGUCUGGAUUUAAGCUCUAACCAGAUAAGCUUCAUCACGCCUGGAGUGUUUGCACACAUGACAAGCUUGCUGGAAAUAAAUUUAGCCAAGAAUCACUUAUAUGAGCUUGCUCAGAAUGGAACAGAGGGGAUUGGACUUUUACCCAAGGUGGAAAUAAUGGACUUGUCGCAUAACAGUCUGUACAAUGGGAUGGCUGAGUAUUUCAUUAAACAAGCUCCAACACUGCAGUAUCUUUCCUUGGCAGACAACAGUAUUGUAAUGAUAUCACACAAGAUGUUUCAGGGAUCUCCCAGUCUUGUGGAGAUAGAUCUUCAGAGUAAUAUCAUCAUGGAAAUAGAAGAAGGUGCUUUUGAGACUCUAGUGAACCUUUCCAAACUCAAUCUCUCCACAAAUUCAAUUACUUGCAUCUCCGAUUUCAACCUCAGGCAGCUGGAGAUACUUGACCUUAGCAGGAAUAGCAUUGAGACCUUCCACAUCACAAAGUCAGAUGAUGAAUAUAGCUUAAGAUGUCUGGAUCUGAGUGAAAACAAAUUGCUUCACUUCCCAGUCUUCCCUCAGGUAAAUAAACUGGUAACUCUGAAUUUAUCAAAUAAUUUAAUCCAGCUCACUGCUGAAUCCCCUCAUAAUAAAAAGGAUUACAUGGAAAAUGAGUGGCUAGAUGGUUCUUUUCAUCUUCUUGAUCAGAAGCAAAGUAGAAACAUAAGUUCUCCUUAUUUAUCCCAGCUUGUAUAUUUAGACUUAAGUUAUAAUGAAAUCAAAUCCAUUCCGGAUAAAUUCUUUGAAUCAAUGUUGUCCCUUCACACCCUUAAUCUCAGUAAAAACUGUCUCCAAGCAUUUUUGGUAACUUAUGACAAUGCAUUAAUGUCCCUAACUGUCCUUGACUUGAGCUACAAUGCUUUGCAGAACCUUCUCCUUGAUGCUGCUGUGUUGUCCAAUCUGAAGGAGCUUUAUAUUCAGAAUAACCAUCUUCAGACCCUGCCAUUUGACAUCUUCUCCAGUCUUCCUAGCCUCAGACUGCUUAAUCUACAAAGCAACAACAUCAGCCUUUGCAGCAUGUACUCUGGAUUAGCUAAGCAAAGACUUGCUGGAGAGGAAAGUGGUUGUGUAUCAUUUGUUGAUUCUCCUACUCUUCAGUACUUGUACCUAGCUGACAACAUGCUGAACACCCUACCAGCACACAGCUUCUACAAGACUUCUCUGAUUGUCUUAGAUCUCACCAUGAACCCUGGAUUGAAAAUAGAACUUAAAGCACUAUCAGGACUGGAAAAGUCUCUGGAAUAUUUGUAUUUACAUGGCAAUAGCUUGGUGGAUUUAAAUAUUGACUUGCCUUGUUUUAGUCACCUUAAACAUUUAAACCUCUCUGAAAAUCAGCUGAACUGGCUGCCUAAGUGGGGUAGUGACUCUCCACUGGAAGUUCUGGACCUACGGAACAAUAAGUUCAGUACAUUACAGAACAGCAACAUUUUAGCAUUAGAAAAUUCACUUAAAAACUUAUAUCUCACUGGGAACCCACUUGACUGCUGUGGAAACAUCUGGCUUUCAUCAAUGAUACAGAACAAAAAUGUCCAGAUCCCCAACGUGGAGCACUUAACGUGCCAGUACACUCAGAACUUCGGGUAUCAGGAAGAAAUGUACAUUUGGAACAUUAGAUCAGAAGACUGUGAAAAAGAGGAUCUGAAGAAAAUCAACAUCCUUAUUAUAUUAACAUUUGUGUUGGUUUUAUCUGUGUUUAUCAUCGGUGCAGGUUCAUUUUUUUGCUUCCGCAGGCAAAACUUCAGCCAUCAGUUUAAAGCAUAGAAACACAAAAUGCCUUGAAAAUUGAAGAAAUAGGGUGCUACACUGGCAGUGUGUAUAAAUAAAGGGUGAAACGCUCAUCUUUGAUUUUUAACUGUGGAUUUUAAGAUGGUUUUGAAGUGCCCCUGUAGUGGUCUGGGUUCCAGGGACCAGAAGGAGAAUUUGCCAUGUUUUGCACUUGUUUCAUUCACAUGCAGAUCUGCUUAACAAGUUCAUACAGUGGUAGAGGAGACCACUGUAAAGCGCUGCUGUUGUUUUGAGGGAUGUGUAAUUUAAACCAGACCAAAAGAAAAAGCCCUCUAAGGUCUUGAGACCUGAGACUUUCCACUAAGCUCAAAGCUCAUUGAUUACAUCAGCCACGUAGGAAACUGCUUCUCAAAGUUAUGUGCCUCCAUCAGAUGUUUUGAUUUGGUCUGGUCUGAGCUUUGUUUUUUCCUAAGUGGUUAGGUCCUAACACUUCUUAGACUGAAAUCAUACCAAAAUACACCAGAGUGGGUCAAAACACAAUCUUCACUCCUUGAAGUUGGUUGCAAAUUUCCCAAGAGUUCCAAAACAAUGAGAAUUCAGCUAAAAAAAAAAAAAAAAAAAAGGAAAUUACAGUUCAUGUCUGUUGUGCUCGUGGCUGCCAUCUAGAAAAUCUAGAAAAUGUUUGUUAGGAUGUUGCUCCAGUCACAAGGGCAAGACAUGAGAAGUAUAUGAGGUCAAUUAGUCCUGGAACUUAUUACCCAUGAGCAAUGUAGAAGAAGUCUCAAGCAAGAAACAACUGCACUAUACAUUACCCAGAUCUGCUCAGAAGCUCACAGGUCUACAGUUCAACUAAAAGAGGAGAAAUUUGCCCCUCAUGUGCAAUGCAUAUUUAACUGGGUUUAAUGUGAAGAAAUUAAUCUCCAGGGUGAACAUUUUUUUAAAAGAAAAAUCCUGGAUAUGAAUUUUAACCAGAUAUCAUUGGACUGAAAUUUUUUUAUUUCUGAGGAAAACUGUUGGCAAUUCACUACAUACAGUUGCAUUUCAAUGCAGAAGAAUAAUAUAUCUAUUUUUAAAGGUCACAGGAUUUAGUCUACAAAAAGGUACUUUAAAAAUGUCAUUGUGAAAUGAUACACAGGGAACCUAGUCCUGAGAUAUUAUUCAGAUCAGAUGUCCACUGUCUCUCCCUAAAGAGAUAUUAUGGUCUAUAGGAUGGGUUGCAAGAAAAGUUAUGUAGAUCCUCAUUCUGUGAUGGGUUUAAGGUGGCUAACGUGUUCUGUUGCUAAAAGUUGACACUGACAUACCUUGUGUUCUAAACCAUGACAGAAAAUUAACCAUUUUGAAGUUAAGAAAAGCUCAACAAGAGGGGGAGACUGACCUGCUAACAGGGUUCAAUGGCUUUGAAAGGAACUGUGUCAGGUUUUCUUUUAAUGCUGGUAAAUGCACAUUAAAACAUACAAGAGUAAUAGAGGUCAAACUGAAACCUGUCCAAGUAAAUAGCUCAGAGCCAAAUUGCUGCUCCAUACCUAUUUUUUCCAGCUAGUGAAUGUCAAAAUUAACACACUACAAAAAGGUGUAUAAUUCUUUUUUAAAGCAUUUAUGUAAGAAACUGGCUGGUGAUUUUCACUGUGGAAUUUUGUACAAUAAAAAAAUAUCUUUGAACUUAAUAAAAAGCACAGGGUUGUGAAUAUAUUAAACCAUCAGCUUGGAAUGCUCCAUAGAUUAAAAGAAAAGCCUUUAUAUUUUUCUAUGGUAUUCAGACUUCACCUUUUACCUCCUGGUCUUGGAGCAGGGGCAGCUGCUCCAUAUCUCAGAGUAUGACCAGUGGAGAACAAGAUCUACUGAAGAUGUAGGCAAAAGUUUGGAACAGAUUUUCCAGAGAAGUUGUGGCAGCCCUAUCCCUGGAAGUGUUCAAGGGCGGGUUGGAUGGGGCUUUGAGCGACGUGGAAGGUGUCCCUGCCCAUGGCAAGGGGGUUGGAACUAGGGGGUCUUGAAAGUGCCUUCCAACCCAAAUCAUUCUGUGAUUCUGAGAUUCUACAAAUUUGCACAAACCAUCAGCAGCAGUGGGGCCUGAUAAAACAGCUACAAAAGCCCGUGCUAAUCAUUGGCUAAAGACCUUAUUCUUGUAGGAAAAUGUUUGCACAAGCAGUAGCUGCAGGGAAGCCUGAUGCUGAAGUUAAUGAGCUUUUCCUUUAUGUGUGUGUGAAGGCAAGCCGAGCUGUGUGCCCAAAUGUGGGCUGAUUUGCCAUACAAUGAGUUCACAGCUUUUGUGUCGAGCAUGGCAAACUUAUAUCUCCUUCUGAGAGCCAGUUAGCUUGAUUAGCAUCAAGUUGGAAUUAGUUAAAUAUCUGAUGACAGAGCCAAACCCAUUUAAUUAAUGGUUUUAACACUACUUUUAUUUGGGUCUCCCAAUAGGAAAUGCUUGUUAUUACUAAACAUCUGGGACUAAUCAGACCUUCAUUAACUUUCUUGGGAGCAGAAACAGUUUUCUUAAGAAUAAGUCUCAGGAGCAAAAUGCAGCACGGCUUGUUUGUGUUUCUCUGUUAGCAGCAUAAUAAACCAAGAAGUGACAUGACCCUGCUCCCUCUAAUUCUGUUAUUUUGGAUGGGGUGAGGAGCACGAGGGAAAGAAAAUAUGAAUAAAAUAGAGAGGAAAAACGGGUAGAAAUGUGACCUCUACAUGGUAUUAAUCCUCAAAAUAGGGGUAUGUAGAUGACAGCCACAGUCUUGCCUUUUCUGUUUGUUACUGUGUCUGCAAAAAGCCCAAACACCAAAGUAUCUGAUCCUGCAUCAAACACAGCCUUUAGUCACACAUUACACGUCUUUCUGCCAGUCAGCCCCAUUUUCCUAAUAGGUUGGUGAAAUGGUUUAAUGAAGAAGAAAAUUAACUCUAUCCCAGCCAAAACCAGGAUAGUAGGCACAAUGUAGGCUGUUUUGACUGUAGUUCUGCAAUAAAAAUUUUACACCCUCAGUCAUUACUUUUUCAUAAAGUCCUUGAAACAGACUCUGUUGAUGCAAAAAGAGCUCAUACUGCUAA